AUGAGACGUUAUUUAGAGACAUUGUGUAAAGACAAACUGAGACUCAGACGCUUCAGGGAAAAGAUGAAAUCAAUCUUCUUUAUUUUCCUGCUGGUGGUUGGUUGUGUUGUGGCUGUGGGAACAAUCACCUGUGGCAAUGCAAAGAGUUUCUACUGUGAUCGGUUCCUGAUCCUGGUGAAGGAGAAGAAGACCUGGGAAGAGGCUCAGGAGUUCUGCAGGACAAAUUACACUAGUUUGGCCUCUGUGACCUCUGAGACGAGCCUGAGGCAGCUGAAUCUAGAGACAGUGGGGACGGAGACAGAGAGCGUGUGGACCGGUCUGCGCUUCAUGAAUGGACAAUGGUUCUGGGUGAGCGGGGAGCAGCUGGGGAGCCUGGUCUCAAUGCCUUCAUGUCCAGCUCUAUCUUACCGCUGUGGAGCUCUCAACACCACGACAAACACCUUGCAGAACCUGAACUGUAAUGAGAAGCUGAACUUCGUCUGCUACUGGAAUUGA